ACUCGUGCGAGAGAGUGUCAGGCGGACCACACACACUCGAGGCAAGAGCGGAGAGAGAGAGAGAGAGAGAGAAAGAGCGUCUCGUCGCCCCUGUCGUCGUCGUCGUCGUCGUGCCGUGCGACGCGCGUGAAUGCGCCAGCAACAAGAGCGACAGUGGCAACAAAAUCGAGGAGGAGUAGCCAGCAGCAGCGACGAGUGCCGCAAGCGUAUAGUAAUAUCGUAAUCGUUAUUGCCCAGGAGAGAGACCAGAGUCCGUCGACGACGACCAUGAUGAUGAUGAUGAUGAUGAUGAUGAUGACGGUGCUUCGCGCUGGACGUCGGUGAAGAGAGAACGUGGUGAAUAAUUAUUCCUGCGCGGAGAAGGAAAGGGAAAGAGCGAGAGCGAGAGAGAGAGAGAGAGAGAGAGAGAUGAGCGAGCGAGCGAGCGAGCGAAUGGGCGCGCGCGCGCGCGUCGCGCUUCCUCCUCCUGCAGAGGGCAAGGGCGAGCGAAGAAGUCUGCGCGGAAGCGCGCGGCUCUCGUCCAAGAUGUCGGGAAGGCUGCCCCGGUUGCGUGCCCUGCGGCCGCGAGCGCAGCCUCAGAGACGUGCGAAAACGGUGGAGCCCGUCGUCGACGGGGCGACCACGUCGGCGCGACCGGAAGAAGGUAACCUUAAAGCAGUGGAGAGUCACGAGGCGGAGCGCGAUACGAAGAGACCCGACUCCGCGACGAAGAGGAGUAAAGAUAAUAACACGAACGUCUCGGUGUCCGGCGCGGCUGUGAACAAAGCGUGCGAGAUGGGAGACGGGGGCGACAACCACGACGACGACGACGACGACGAGGAGUUGACGAUGACCGCCGUCGACGCCACCGCUGACGAGGAGCAGGAGGAGGAGCAGAAGGAAGAGGAGGAGGAGGAGGAGGAGGAGGAAGAAGAAGAGGAGGAUGGGGAGCAGCAACAGGACGGCGACGAGGAGACGCUGGAUGGCGAUGUCGACGUCGACGUCGUGAUGAAUUCCGAGGAGACGAUCGACGUCGAAGAGGUGAACAGCUGCGCGUCUUACGAAUGCAAGACCUGCGACCCGCCGAAGAUGCUGCUGAGUAUCAAAGCCUACUUCGAGCACCUGCGGAAGAUGCACAAUUAUAAGGGCGAAAACGGGCACAGUCCAGUCAAAAAUCGUUGCCCUGCGUGCUCGUAUGUCGCAUUGAACGUGAAAGAUCUUGAAAAUCACCAAAGAGCGCAUCAUUUGAAAAGAAAAUUCUUUCGCUGCGCAAAAUGCGAUUACGUGACGCACAUCAGAGCGCGUUAUACUAAGCAUGUUAAAUAUCAUUCUAUGCCGAUGAUCAAGUGCGAUGCUUGUGAUUUUAGUUCAGCGUAUAAGUGGAAUCUAGAAAGACACAUGCGGAAUCAUGGAGGUGGAGGUGCUUUCAAAUGUCGUGCAUGUAAUUUUACUGCUGAUAUCCGUCAGAGCUUAACGGUGCAUGAGUCGUAUCAUCAUGACCCACCUGUGGGUCAGGUCAACCGCAAAAGUAAUAACGCUUUUGAACGUAAGCCACGAAAUAGUCCAAAACGUUACAACCAGGUUGGAGCCAGCGACUUUCGAGAGGUGAUAAAUAAAAGUGGAAAUACAACCGCCACAUCGGUCGGUUCUUCCGAUUCGUUCGUAUCAGAUCACUCGCUAAUUUCAAUAGACGAUAAGAAAAGCGCCCUGGCCAACGCCGAGUGUAUCGCGUUAAAAUGCGAAGAGAAAGGCUGCCAAUUCAUAACAGCCUGGGACUCCGAGAUGCAGCGUCAUGUAGCGGAGUGCCACACGCCGGUUACUCCAUCGAAGCCAAGAAAACCACUGCCAAUGCUAAUUCCGUUGAGUAUAGCGAGCACCAAGCUCAAUAAUACGGUCAACAAUAGUGGGCCACCUGCGACCCUGCUGAAAGUUCCGCGCGUUAGGGUGAGACCUGAACUGGCACAAAUCGCGAGGGAUACGGAGCUAGCUAAGUUGAACAAGGAGGCCGCAAAUUCGAAGAGGAAUCUUAAUACUGCGGCUGGAGUAUUUGAGAGAAAGAACGCCUCCUUCUUCGAUAAACUGAAAGAAAAGCUAACGACUACUGCGACGUCGAUUAAUAACGGUGUGCCGGAGGUAGCUGUAAGUAGUGAGAACGACUUGAAAUGCUGGUGUACGUUUAAAGCUAGUAGCAUGGAAGAGCUAGCUUGCCACAAACAGACCCACCACACGGCGCUCAGCGUGUCCGUGGGCACGACACGUUGUCCUAAGUGUAGAAGACGUUGCAAGAGUACAACUGAUCUCCAAACGCAUAUGCAAUACUGCCAUUCGCGCAACGACGUAACGUCGUCCAUCGAUAGUAGUUUAGAGAAAGUAACGAAUCGCUCGGACGUCCGCAUGACCUCGUACUCUUUUUCGUCGCAAAUGGAUUGGGACGCGAAUCUCAGAGGACUAAAUUCUUCUGGACCUCCGUUUGAAGGUGGUCCGACACAUCCGACCGGGCGACGGGUAUUCAAAUGUCCCCAUUGUCCAUUUUGGGCUUCCACCGCAAGUCGCUUUCACGUACAUAUAGUCGGUCAUUUAAACCGGAAGCCGUUCGAGUGUUCAAUGUGCGCGUAUCGUUCUAACUGGCGAUGGGACAUCACAAAACAUAUUAAGCUUAAAGCGGCUAAAGACGCAGUGCAUACGAGCGCCAGAGUGCUCAUGACGGAUGAGACGGGUCGACGGAAUUAUUCCAAAUAUAACAAAUAUCUUGCACAGGUAGAGCAGCAAUCAUGGGACGAAGAUCGUAUGGAGCAGCGUAGCAUAGAGGAAACAAAUUCCGAAGAAUUGCCGACAAAGGUGUUAAUUGUGGGCAAUAAAGAGUAUGUUCCGAUAUCUGAUUCGGCAUCUACGCAAUCUUCUAUCACGAUUUUACCGUCAAGUGAGGCAAAUCAAAAUACUCAAAAUGUAGACGUGAAUCUACGACCUCCACCACCGCUCAAAGCAGCGAUUAGAAGUCGUGGACAGUCUCUGUUGAAGAACAGUCCUAUUACUAUGCAUAUACAAACUCCUAGUGGUGGUGGUGCAGUCUCUAUAUCCCCAGCGAUAGACGAGAGCAAACGCACCCAAUGGAAGUGUAAACGUUGUAAUUAUCGAGAUACCAACAAAGAUAAUGUGUUGUUACAUGUUAAAUCCCAUUACGAAUCUGCUGGUCAUGAAUCCAUCGAAGAAAGGAAUUUGUUUAUUUGCGGGGAUUGUCCGUUUUCAGCAUCGGAUGCUGCUACUUUAUCCCUUCAUAGGACGCACCAUCGACCAAACUUAGAAGCUAUAUUUAAAUGCUAUCUUUGUCCAUACUACGUUAGUACAAAGGCAGAACUAUUAGAGCAUGUUAGACUCCACGGGGAAGAGCUGGCAGUUAUGCAUCAACAAAAUAUGGAUGUCCAGAUUUCCAAGAAUAAAUCUCCAAUAAAUUUCCAAGAACAAAUAUCAAUUUCCGAAAGCAGUGUUUCACGAACAAAGGACUCGUCCAUAGAACAAGUGAUUCAGAUAACGUCGUGCAACAAUGUGACGGCAUCUACAAAGAUUACGGAACCUCAGUCGCCAUCGUCGUUUCUUCUGGAUACUCGUGCCCUUCCGGAUGCUCCGCUGGUUUGGGUAUCGAAGCUAGAUGGUACUUUGACAAAAAUGCUUAAAUGUCGUCACUGUCCGUUUAUCUCAUCGCGACGUGCAGAGGUGCUCGAUCAUGAGACAAUGCAUGUAGACAUGCCAACUCAGGGUCCCUUAAUCGCUUGCGCGGACUGUAGCUUUACUUGCUCACGUCGGGAAGUUAUGACCGCGCAUACAGAAAUGCAUGCAGGAACUCUCGGUACUGUUCAUUGUCUUGUCGACGAAACACGACCUGAUGCCCAACAGGUGAAUGAUCUGGUUAUGUUGCUUGGCAUGUCAGAAAUUCCUGUGUUAGGCAGCGAGCCCGAUCUACAGGAUUCCCGUUUGGUGCACUGUUGUGGCAAGUGCCCAGCACGAUUUCUGUGCGAAAAAGAGUUGCGUAUUCAUCUCCGGUAUCACACAACGGAACUGGCGUAUUCAUGCCAGUGGUGCUCGUAUGCAGCGCGACAACCGGCGCACUUACUAGCUCAUCAAAAAGCACACUCGACAGAAUAUCAAGAGCGCACCAAGUAUCUGUUGUCUUUGUAUGGUCACUCGCAACGUUACCCACCACCCGCGACAGCAUGCGUCGAGACGGAGAAUCGGGAGAACAAUGAUAACGGUGGCCUAAAUGUCGCGUGGAUUGUCGUUGAGAUCAAUGAGAACGUAAAUAGUUCCUACAACAAUAUUAAUGGCACUACAGUGACUGUUCAAAGGACUGGGAAUCAGGUGUUUACAUGCGCUAAGUGUCCGGCUCGUUACUUCAAACUAGAUGCUUUAGAGUAUCACAUGACAUUACAUGGUUCGAAUAACCGGUUCAAAUGUAAUGACUGCGAUUAUUCAUCGAAAACUGCACAAAAUUUAUUAAAACAUCAGGUGGUACAUCGACGACAUAAUGAAACCAGCGAAGUGUCGACUGUGCAGCUAUUGUCUACCCCCACUACCACUACCGACUCUGCUCCGGUAUCCUCUCCCGGAUCGCCAUUGCAAUUGUCACCGGAUCCACAAUUCGGUGUCUUUAUGCGCGGCAAUCCCAAUUUUGUUUAUCCAGGUUAUCUACGGAAUGGCCGUCUGAAAGAAAAGCGCUAUAAAUGCCACAAAUGUCCGUCCGCUUUUGAAAAACGUGAACAGUAUAGGGUUCAUCUAACUUUGCAUGGCGCGAAACAACGCUAUCGUUGCGAUACAUGUGACUACUCGGUCAAAUAUUAUGCGAAUUACGUACAGCAUUUGAAGAAACAUCAGGCGAACGCGGAAGCGCAGGCAUCCCGAAGACAAUUCGAGGACGACCGAAUUUCAGUGGAUAGCGACAGUAUCAUCGAUGCAGGUGUGUCAGGAACGUCGCGUAAAUCCUCGCGAUCAUCUGCUGCCGCCGUUAACGCGCUCACAGUAUUGUCUUCUGCCAAUAACACGUCCAAUAUCAAUCACAAUGCUGCACUGCAACCUUCCAAUCAGGAUAGGCAGAGUUUGCUACUGAUGCAAAAAAAGGGCCUCAUCUCGUCAACGAAUGAGAACGACGCGGAGAAGAUUCGCUGCCUGAGCUGUCCGUUCUCCACUACUGAUAAGGAUGUCAUGGACUCGCACAAACGUCGCCAUGGGAUUGAGCGCAUGACGCCGUCGUGCCCGCAUUGCGAUUACAUUCCGCGGAAAGACGAGAACGUCGGUGAACACAUCAAGCUGCACUUCACGAGGCUGUACAAACCCGAGUCCUUUCUUAUAGUCGAAAUGCUGACAUUAACGAUGGAGAAGGUAUCCGCGAACAGCAAAGACGAUAAGAGUGGUCAGCGGUUGAAAGAAUUACUGUUCAAAGAAUGCGAGGACGGUAGAUUCCUACCACUCACCGAAACGAUCAAUUCUCUUUCCAUACGUACCUCCACUAAAAUUAAAGCUGUCAAGGAGAAGGUCAUCGUAGACCCAAACACAGGCGAGACCAAGCAGCGCGUUGCUACGUAAAUCGAACUUGUAUUUAGCGAUUAGUUGUGCUCGCAAAAUGUUUAUAUGCCUUUUUCUACAUCUUCAAGAAAUUGAUUCAAAAUUGAUAGACGAUAUAGCUGACCUCGCGAAUAAUCAUAGAUCAAUAUACAUUGUAAAAACUUCGCAAUUUUGUUUUUGUUAUAGUUAACGAAUUACAUUAGAAUUUAUUGUACAUCUUAUUUCUAUAAGAUUAAAAUAGUAUAUAUAUAAAAAUUUGUUUUUUUGAUGAUAAUGUAAAUGCAGCGCGUGCUAUAUUCAUUUCUAAUCUUUUUAUAUUUUAUCAUUGAUUUGAAUAUUGUUUAAUAAUUUCAAAAUGUGCGUGCGAGCGUACUCUACGAAAUUUAUACAUUGUACGCCAUAUUUUGUUGUGUUGACUAACGAUGGGUUCAAUCCACUUCGAGUCAUUUUUAAACUAUGAUAUAAAAUAUGAAUGAAAUUUCUGAAUGGGAUGUCUAUAUGAUUGAUAACUAAAAGAUAAUUGAAAGUUUGUAAUAUGUUCAAAAUGGUUGGAACUUUUAAAAUAAAAUCUGAAUGUAUUUAAAAUUUUAAAUACUGUGAAAAUCAAAGAUAAUUUAUCGUUAAAUUGACUUGAUACAAUAAUAUAUCACGAUUAAGUUGACUAAUUGAUUUUUUAUUAUAAAACUCUGAAACAUUUUCACUUUUAAAUAUUUUCAGCACAGUUUAAUAUAGUUUAAUAUUUAUUCAAAGCAAUUAAAGGAAGUUCAGAUAUUUCAUAUUCCAAGUUUAUGACUUUUGAUUAUUUAUUGAAUUUAUUCAAAGCAAUUUAAAUUUUUAUAUGAAUAAAAUCUCAAGGAUUUACAAAAAAGACUCGACUCUAACAGUGGUCAUUAAGUUAACACCUGACGAUGGUUAUUGUAAAUAUUUAUUUGAAGCCUUACCAGCCUUGUACAAUAUAUGAUAAUAAAUGCUCGUAUUGUAUAUAGUA